AUGGACAAUCAUUAUCAUUGGACGCAUAAUACAUGUAUUCAGCAACCUUUUCAAUCACCAACCGAUCCAAUAUCCUUGAAUCAUCAUCAGGAACCAUCAUCCAAUCACAAUGAUGCUAUCGAAUUCACGCAUGAACACCCACAGCAUCCUUACAUGAUCAUGACGCGUGCUGCUUCGCCUGUGGUAUUUGGUCAAGGCCAAAGACGUCCUUUAUCCAUGGGCAAUCCAGCUGUUCUCGGUCUCUGGUCAUUUGCCACGGUGACUCUAUUGUUGGGUACUUUUUCUCUUUUCUUGCCACACAAAUCCAAUUCCAUCAUCUUCCCUACGGCUCUCCUUUUUGGUGGCAUUGCACAGACCAUUGCUGGGUUUUUCGAUUUGUUCUAUGGUGGUACAUUUUCAAGUACUAUUCUCAUCUCUUAUGGAUGCUUCUGGAUCGGGAAUGGGCUGAUGAUGUUACCAAGUAUUCAAGCACCCUUAACGGCUACCUAUGCAUCCGAAGAUGAUAUCGCUCAAGCCAAUGCUAUCUUUCACUUUAUUUGGGCCAUCUACACGUUGAUGGUCACUGCGGUCUCUUUACGGUUCAAGCAUGGUACAUUCAUUCUUACAUGGUGCUUGGCAUGGGUCUUUUGUACUCUUUUCCUCACCGGCAUGUAUUAUGCUAUUGGAUCCCAAGCCAUCUUGCGUACAAGUGGGAUCUGUGCUUAUAUGGCAGCCAUUGGGGCAUACUAUUCAGGAUGUGCUGCCGUAUUUGAAGAACAAAAUGAGCGAUGGUGGGUUGGCAACUACAGUCGCGACAAGAGCAAGUAG